GUGAUAGCCGAGGUGUACAGGUCCUCUAGUCUGUCAGUCAGUGCGUCUGUGGCUGUCGGCAACCACUGUAACAACCAGUAUCUAUCUGUGGCCACCCUCAACAACAACCAGCAAAAACAAUAAAAACCAACAACAAUAACAACUAAAUCUUCCAGCGUGACUAGUACCAUCUGUCGUUAUGGAGGACCAGAAUGGCUGUCUAGCUCUAGGUAACCAAGACCAACCACCAUCCCCUGUGCACCUACCACUAUUACUAAGGGACCACCACGAUCCACCACCAUUCUCAGGUGAUCAACAGGACCCACCACCAUUCCCAAGUGAAGAAAAGGACCCACCACCAUUCUCAGGUGAUCAACAGGACCCACCACCAUUCUCAGGUGAUCAACAGGACCCACCACCAUUCUCAGGUGAUCAACAGGACCCACCACCAUUCCCAAGUGAAGAAAAGGACCCACCACCAUUCUCAGGUGAUCAACAGGACCCACCACCAUUCUCAGGUGAUCAACAGGACCCACCACCAUUCUCAAGUGAAGAAAAGGACCCACCACCAUUCUCAGGUGAUCAACAGGACCCACCACCAUUCCCAAGUGAAGAAAAGGACCCACCAUCAUUCUCAGGUGAUCAACAGGACCCACCAUCAUUCUCAGGUGAUCAACAGGACCCACCAUCAUUCUCAGGUGAUCAACAGGACCCACCACCAUUCUCAGGGAACAACCACGAUCCACUACCUUCAUUUGGGGACUUUCAAGACCCGAUACAACUACCACCACUCCAGAGGGGCUCAGGUUCUGUGAUGCUGAUGACAGGAAAAGAUUGUCCACGAUGUAGGGUUGGGACGCUACAGAAGGAGUUGACGCCCCUCGGGAUAUGUCUGGGAGUGUUUUGCUUCCCCUGCGGCCUCAUAUGUUGCUACACCCUCAGGAAGCGGCGCUGUGAUACCUGUGGAGCGCUGUUUUGAGCACACCUGAAGUAUAACCCCUCCAGGACAUCUACAGUGACAGAAAUAAUACGUUGUUUGGGUCCAGUGAAAACAGUGAUCUUUAAGACAUAGAUGAACUGGGCACUUAACCUAACCAAGCGUAACCUAACCUAACCUAACCAAGCGUAACCUAACCUAACCUAACCUAACCUAACC